CGCAAGUUGGCUCUGUGAUUUAUUUCUUAACUGAAACUGUGAAACCUACACGAACCCCCCCUCUCCUCUUCGUCUUCUUCUUCUCUCCUCAAACUGUUUCCAUCGUCCUCCAUCUCCUGUCAGACCCCCGCAGCACUGACCCGACAGAGGAGGGGGACUUUACCCCUGAUGGUGUUUACGCCCACCGACUGAGGUCAAUCUAGGGGAAGGUCUGCCGUAAAUUGUUGAUUGGAUGCCGCGGACGGACAGCCAAUUUCUCGCCAGUGCUGUUCCUGAUAGGAGAGCGAAGCUAAAUGUGAGCACCUGAAGCACCAUAGGCCUGACCAUGUUCACUGGAGCAAGAUGACUUUACCCAACAAGUCAGACGACACCUCCUCCCCCUCCUUCCCUCUCUCUUCCCUUGAACAUAAUUUCUCUGUCUAUGUCACCAAUGACCCCUCGUACUCCCUCAUAUCCUUCCCCACAUCCUCUUCCUCUUUGCUGACUUCCACCAACUGCACCAGCUCUGCUUCACCCUACUCUCCGCCAUACAACUUCUAUGCGGUGCUGUUAGUCCUCCUGAUCUUCUGCGUGGUGUUUGGUAAUGUGCUGGUGUGCGUGGCGGUGUCUCGAGAACGUGCCCUGCAGACCACCACCAACUACCUCAUCGUCUCACUGGCUGUUUCUGACCUGCUGCUGGCCACGCUGGUCAUGCCUUGGGGCGUAUACCUGGAGGUGGUCGGAGAGUGGCGAUUCAGCCUCAUCCACUGUGACAUCCUGCUCACCCUGGACGUCAUGAUGUGCACAGCCAGUAUCCUCAACCUCUGCGCCAUCAGCAUCGACAGAUAUACAGCGGUGGCAAUGCCAUUGCUCUACAACACCAGAUACAGCUCCAGGAGGAGGGUGGCGGUGAUGAUUUCGGUUGUGUGGUUCCUUUCUUUUGCCAUCUCCUGCCCUUUACUGUUUGGGCUGAACAACACUGCAAAUCGUGAAGGCACCACGUGCAGCUUUGCAGACCCGGCAUUUGUGGUGUACUCAUCUGUGGCCUCCUUCUACGUUCCCUUCAUUGUAACAUUGCUGGUGUACGCGCAGAUCUGCCUGGUGCUGCGCAAACGCGGCAGACGCACUGCCCCGCCACGCAGACACGGUUUGCUUGCGCAAGGUGCGGCUGAAGCAGAAGGUCACCGACACAGGAAGAAUAAGUGUACACAACCAGAAGAUGUGAAGCUGUGCACCCUGAUCCUGAGACCUGCCUCUGCAACCCCACAGCGCAAGAAAGUGAGCCUGGUUAAAGAGGCGGUGGUUCACCCUCUUGAAGUGGAGCCAGGUCAUUUCCUGCCACAGAAUGAGCAAGGUCUGGCUCCUCCGCCUCCUCCUCAGGCCUCUUCGAAAUCUGGACGACCCCGGAUCUCCCUGUCCAUCUCGGUUGGACCUGCUCCUGUUCUCCCCUCAACUGUGACACGAUCGGCUCUGACACCUCGUCCUCCCACCCUUGAGGAUGGCAUGAGGGGCCGUGAGGGAUGGAGGGAGCGCAGUGCAGGCAAAGAGAAAUGGGGCAUCACCAAGGAAAGGGUGAGAGGGAGGCUGUCACAGCAGAAGGAGAGAAAGGCGACUCAGAUGCUUGCUAUUGUGCUCGGUGUGUUCAUUAUCUGCUGGCUGCCUUUCUUUCUGACCCAUGUACUGAAGGCCCACUGCAGAAGCUGCUGCAUCUCACCCUCUCUGUACAGCGCCGUUACCUGGCUGGGAUACCUCAACAGUGCCGUCAACCCUGUCAUAUACACCACUUUCAACAUUGAAUUUCGCAAAGCCUUCAUCAAGAUCCUGCACUGCUAGUCCAAAAGGAUGAGAGGUGUCAGUUGUCCAAAAAUAAAAAAAUAAAAACGCCUGA